AGAAGAGAAAUCAAACGUGUUGGUGUUUCAUACUCUAUAAAUAGCAAAUACCUCUACUCUACUACAUACAACACCUCUCUCUCUCUCUCUCUCUCUCUCUCUCUCUCUCUCUCUCUCUUUCUCUGUGCAUAUACACGUGCGAGCAAUAUAAUGAGGUGGAGGACAAUGCAGAUGAAGAGAAGAAAGAGAGUGGCGGUGAAGUCGAGAGCCACGGCGGAGAGGAAGCUCGUAAACCGUCUCCGGAGAAUGGUUUCACCGCCGGAGACUUUUUCCGGCGACAUUGACUCUGAGACGCUUCUCCGUCUCACGGCAGAUCACAUCUCCAUCCUUCAUGCUAAACUCUGUCUUCUUCGACGUAUCUCCUCUCUAUGCGGCCUCUGAAAUUAAGAUACACACGUGCUUUCGUGAUCAAUAAAUGAUGCAUAUAUAUAUGUAUUUAUUAUUUUUAGCCCCAUGCAUGUCGUGGAUUAUGGUGUCGAUACCAUAUUUAGUCAAGUGUGCGAACGCACGUGAAUAUGCGUCUUCUUCUAAGUAGUGUUAUAGCUCGUCGCGGUUGUAUAUUGACCAACAACGAGGCAUUAAACAAAUUUGUAAUCUAUUGCAGCGUUCCAAGGCUCGUGAUCACAUGUUUCUUUUAAGUGUUAUAACCCAUUUUCCGGUAUGUGUUUAGCGGAUUCGUUAA